AACUUCUUCCCCAGUAAGUAAUCCAAAUCCCAAGUUUCGAACCUACUCUCUCAACUGUCAACUCUCCUUCAUAAUUAAACCCUCUAUUUCUUAUAAACCCAAAAAGCAGAAUACCUUUUUGUUUAUUUAUAGUUCAACCCCUCUGCUUUGCUUUAACGAGAUUUCGACUUAUUUUUAGAACAAUCAUUUUUGCCACAUUCUAAAUUCUGAAGAUACUAUCCGACGAACGAGAGAUUCAAAACUUCUCAAUUUCUUUCAAUUCUUGUCUUUUCUUUUCCUCUCUUUUUCCUCUUCUGAUUCCUUUCUUUGGAAUCAGUUUUUUUUUAAUAUUGUGAUCUCGUAUGGGGCAGCAACCGUCCAAAGAUGAGCUUGUGUAUCAGCGCGCUAGCAACGGCGAUGUUGAAGGGAUUAAAGCCCUUUCUGCUGAAGGUGCCGCCCUUGAGUGGGUUGAUAGGGAAGGAAAAACUCCGUUGAUUGUUGCCUGUACGAAACCAGAGCCUUAUAACGUGGCGAAAACGUUGCUAGAACUCGGCGCCAAUGUCAAUGCGUUUGGACCAGGCCGUAAUGGUGGAACACCACUGCACCAUGCAGCUAGAAGAGGCUUGGAAAACACUGUUAAAUUACUUCUUUCUUACAGAGCAAAUACUUCAAUAAUUAAUGAUUCUUGCCAAACUGCAUUGGAAGUUGCGAGAGCAGCAGGGCAUAAGAAUGUUGUUCGUGCCAUUGAGAAUCAUAUUUGUAUAUUCUCUGGUUGGAUGCGGGAAUUUUAUGGGCCGGAGUUUCUCGAAGUACUAGCUCCUCAUCUCCUUACACGGAAAGUAUGGGUAGUUAUUAUACCUUGUGGUUCUCGAAAUCCUGUGAAGCCUUCUAAGUUGGAGCUUGCCAUAUAUGCUAGCUUGCAGGAUGCCCAACCUCGUCUAGUCAUUCCAUUGUGGAAAUCAUAUUUAGAGGAACAUAGGAUACAGGAAUCUGAUCCGUCUGUUGUCAUUGUCGACAACCCUCCAAACCUAGUCUCAAGAGGAGGAAGGAGGCGAAGACGGAGUUGUCACACCUCCUGGGAAGGCAGAUGUCGAUUUCGAAAAUCAAAGACUGGACGUCUUAGACUUGCACCUGCUAAUGAGUACGACAGACAGCAACUUCAAUGGUUUUGUGAUGCUUGCAAAGGGAUUCCUCAGCCAAAGGUGAUGCAACCUACAACUUGGCAUAAUCACCAGAGCCCGAUCGACAUUGCAACUGUACCUCCCGGUUCAGAAGAUCCGGAACUCGUGAUGGCCAUAAAUGCCUCUAUUCAGUCAGCUAUGCAGGAAAGAGGACAGCAUCAUAAUCCCCAUUCAUCAAAUUCUGAAGCAGGUGCCUCCAGUAGCAGUGCAUUACCUCAACCUGUUCCUCCAAAAACAAGUUCUUGCAAAUGGACAGUGCACGAAGCCAGCCACGGUUACAAUCCAAGCCAUCACACUGAAAUCCAGAAUGACACCGUCCCUGUCAUCCAGGUAACACACCCUCCAAAUGCAGCCCCCACAGCCCCACCUAUGGCAGCCAAAACUUUUGAGGCUAGCACAAGUAUGGUUGACUACCCGUUGGUCGGUUCUGACACCAUAAACGAUGUGCCGUCUUCAUCCAUUGGGAACGAAGAGAAACAAGGUAAUGGCAACUCAAUGUGUGUGAUAUGUUUGGAUUCUCCAGUAGAGGGAGCCUGCGUCCCCUGUGGCCAUAUGGCUGGAUGUAUGUCUUGUCUAAAUGAGAUCAAAGCCAAGAACUGGGGCUGCCCGGUUUGUCGCACCAAGAUCAAUCAAGUCAUAAAGUUGUAUGCAGUAUGAUAAAAUCGAAUAGCGCAAUCAGGUGAAAAUCGUUGAACUUGGUCUAUAUAUAAUUUGCGUUACAUACUUUUGAGGUUUUAGAUCAGAUACUUCGAUAUAUAACCUUUUGAAGUCAAAGAUGUAAAUUCUUCUGAUGGAAAUAGGCAGAUUGUUUUACAGGUACAACCUCUGCUAAAAAAAGUAAGAGAUAAAAAGUGGUAAAACAUCAUGGGAAUAUCUGACCCAUAAAUUAGGCUUUAGGCCUGUGUGUGUAUAUAUAUCGUAUAUGAAUUUGUUUAUUUCAGAUUAUGAGUUUGUUAAUUAAUUUCAUUGUUUGCACAUA